UCUUCAGGUGGACGUUUGACGCCCGAUGGCUCGGCUGCAGCAUCGACCAACAUGUUUGAGUCGCUGCCAUGCCGUGCCUGAAUGUCGUCCACCCCAGAGGUCAGGGGGUCACAGGACGGGGACACACGGGGGACAGGGACGGUACAUGGAUGAAGGAGGAAGAACCAGCUGAGCAGAACCAGAGGAGUUUCAGUUUAAAUCCAACAUCAGCCGAAGCUCAACCCAAGCAGAACUUUUGGUGCCGGGCACUGAGAACGUUUGGACCCGGGAGCAGCUUUGCUCCGGCGGGCGUGGUGUGUUUGGUGCUGCUCCUGGAGGCGCUGCUGGACCCGUCUCUGUCCCCCGAGGCCCUCUGCUGCCAGAUCUUGGUUCUGAGUUUUUUGUGGGUCUUUCUGGGGGGGUGUCUUCACGCCCUGAAGAGCCACCUAGAACCAGAACUGGUGGAACCUCCACAGAAGGAACAGCAGCUGGUUCUGACUCAGAGCAGCCUUUUGUCACAGACCAGGACGACCCGGACCAGGAUGUUCCGGAGCAGAACUCCAGACGUUCCUUUGAGCAUGGCUCUGACUGACAGCCUGCUGCUGUGUGUCCUCCAGGAGCUCCUGCAGGAGCCUGCUUUGACCCACAUCCAGGCCCUGCUCUCCAAACUGCAGGCAGUGGCUCAAACGCUGGAGAGCGCCGGACCUGACCCGGUUCAGGAGGUGGACCUGAACUCCUCGCUGACAGAGAAGCUGAAGCUCCUCAGCUCAUACCUGCAGCACAGGACGGGGCUCCUGCAGAGUCUAGUCCAGGUGCAGGGGGACUUUGAGACCAGUUCAAGGGACCUGUUGUGGGGUCUCCAGGAGCUCUGGAUCCAGCUGGAGGAGCUGCACACCGGGGUCACUCUGUCCAAACAGGAGGGGUGGGGCUACAGGGACCUGACCUCCGUCAAGACAGACGCUCAGACCCUGGUGGCAGAACUGGGUCGGUACAGGAAGAGACUGGAGUCCUGCGAGGCUCACCUGAAGGCGAGCACUCAGCUCCUGCAGGAGCUGACCUGGAGUCACGCCCACUUCAGCACCAAGCUGAACCUCAGCAGCACCGAGUCCGUCUGGCCAGAGCUUCUGCUUCAGUCCAACAUGGAGAAGUUUGACAAAGUCCAGGAGAGCUUCUCCCCACUGGAGCAGCAGACCCACACCUUCCAGACCCACCUGCAGGGGCUGGGGGACGGACACUUACAGGAGGGCCCCCUCGCUCGAACCGACGUGGCCCCUGUGAGCUCCCCGUUACCCCAAACCUCGACAAAAACCCCUCCUCUGUCGCUGCGAGAGAGGACGGCGCGGCUCUCCUCCUCGUUGAAACGUCUUCACAGAGCGGGAAAACAGAAGUGACGAUUCAUCAAAACAAACAUUUUAUUUAUGAACGCUUAGGCAAACGUUGAUCGUUUGCCUCAAACUCAAGUAUUUUUUGUUUUUAAAACUGUUGUUCUCAUUUUAACCACACGGGGGCAGACUUUCUUCAGUUUUUCUGUUUGUUUUUACUCAAAAUGACCUGAGAAAAAGUCAUUUUUACCUGCUUUUAUCUUCAUAAAGUGUCCUUGGGUGUCUUGAAAAGUGCUUACUAAUAAAAUCUAUUGUAGCAAAA